AAGAAAAUGAAAUUGGAAGAAGAUAAGAGAAUCACAAGUGAGUCAUUAAAAGCAAAUUCUUGAGUUGGCUAAAGAAAAAUUAUCAUAAUGGAUUUAGAGGCUAGGCAGGUGAGAGGGAGGCUGGUGGGUUUUCUAAGAGGGUCUGCUUCUGACGUCAGGGCAGGCAGCUAAUAUAACCAGGGCGAGAGGGGGAUCAGUAUCAGGCAAAGGAUUGCUGGGACAAAGAACCUGUCAUCAACAAAUACAGUGAGUAUAAUGACUUUUGGAGCAAAAUGUAUGGCUGGAAUGUACAGAUAGGCAACUGUUCUCAUACUAGCUGCUGUGUAUUAAAACUCUCAACAUGCUCAGCCAGAAAUUGGAAAUAUCUUUAUCAAUUAGACUGCUUGGUAUUAUAUAUUUUCAUUUAAACACUGUUAGCAUGGAAUGCUAAGAAAAGAUUAAUAUUUCUGUUUAAUGCAUGCUAUGUAUACCUCUGGCUACAAGAUUAGACAAAGUGAAUACUAAAAUAAUUAUCACUAAUUCAUAAUUCUGCUUCCUAAUGAGGCAAAGUAUAAUAAAUAUCUAUUAAUUGGAACUAGAAUAAUAUUUACUUGAUAUGAUAGUAUAAUUUUGAAGCUUAGGUUAUUGAUGCUGAGGUAUAAGGUAUUAUUGAAUAGAUCUCAUUAACCAACUGUUUGAUGCCUUGUGUACGCUUGCAUGGACUAUAUCUGUGCAUGACUGAUAGUAGUUGAUUCACAGGAUACUGAAGUAAGAGAUGCACAUGGGCUGUUACUGUUCUGUAACGAUAAAUAUGCUGAUAAAUAUUGAAUUAUUAAUGCAUUGUUCUUGUUUACUAUUGGACAACUCAUUACUAAUUGAUGAUGCACCAGGUUGAUAUGGCAAAGUAAGUGCAAUUAAUGUAUCCAAUGAAUAUUUCACCUGUGAACAAAUAUCUCAUGGAAUCCUAGUGCGUUAGUGGAUCCUGAAGACAGAUAUGAAGAAUAUCUUAAGCUCCUGGAGGAACUAUGGACCCGGACCCUAACCCGAGGGUUGGCAAGUUCGUCACUCUAGAUGAUGAGGACUAUAUUUCCCUUACAACAUUAUGACUGUAAGAGCAUUUAGGAAAAUGUAGUCUACAAUAUCUGGAGUGCCAAAAUGUGUCUACCCUUGACUUAGGGUUUAUAGUUCCUUCAGAGGUGUAUUGUUCUCCUGUCCCCCCCACAGUACUUGGUGGUGAAACUGCAUUCUAGAGGGUUCAUCUUUUUACAUUUAAGUUCAGCCCCACCAAGGGCAUGUCCUGUGCACCAAAACAUGUUUUCUAGAUAUUAACAUGUUUCAGUCCUGAAAGGGCAUGGGUUGACCCUGGUGGUAGUGGAAGAAAAGAACACAGUACUUUUGCUUUCCAGAGAUGCUGCAUAACAUACCACUUCCCAUAUUAGUUACCACAUGAUGGUUGGAGAAAGUAUUUGUUCUGCUUUAAUGCAUCAGCAGAGUUACGUACAUGUUGAGGCCUAAAUAUUUAAGCUGUGACUACAUCAGAUUUACUUUUUUUCCCGCGAUGAGCUAUUUUGGCCUGAAAUGUGAAGCAGAGUAGUAUUUUUUUUCCCGAAGAUCAUCUGUCCUUAAUUGUGCAGUAUAGAUUUUAAUUAUGUACAAUUUUGGACUUUAUUGAGUAAACCCCACUCGAAUAUUGGAAAUUCAACAUGAAUUAAACAUUUUAAGACAAAAUCCCUGUCUGUCAUAUUGGUGACACUUUAUAAAAGUGGAUAUUUCCACGGGUCACAGCUUUUUUUUAAUUUGGAGCAGAAAUACCUUCCUGGCUGUCACUUAGACAACCAGGGAUGUCUUCCGCAUCCAAUAGUUCUAUCAAGGGCUCAGUGUUGUAAUAUGUUUAUUUUACAGACAUCCUACUGUCCAGCUUACCUGCAGACAUUAGGUGGGUACCACAAGAGUAGAAUGAAACUGGUGUGUGCCCUUAUCCCCGGCUUACUGCUUCUGUGCCUGGCAUUGACCGAGACUCAGAGCCGAGUACUUCAACCGUCUCUGGAUAUUAGAAGUGAGUAUUGUCCUUUAUUUUUCAUUAAUGGAUAUGUAUCAACAUGCAUUCAGAUCUUGUUACAUUACUCUUUGGGUAACAUUGUAUUCUGAUAGCACUCAUCACAUCAUAAGGAGUAUGUCCAUCUCUUUUAUACCAACACCACAUUUUCAGGCGUAUUUAAUUAGUGGGAAUGGUCAGGAUUCAAAAUGAACUGGAAAAAAAAUCUUUAUGACAACUAUGUUUCCACUUUGGCUACUUUCUCCUUAAUUUAAAAUUCACUGUUUAUUCCCUACAAUUCUCAUUUUAGUAAAUAUCCCUGCUUGAGUUUGGCUGGAUAUUCUUUUUAGAUCUGAGUUACUUUUUACAAUACAGCCACUGGCGGGACUACCGAGGUUGCAGGGGUCGCACUGCAGGGGGCCCAGCGGACCCCUGUGAACAGGUGCCUGCCGCCAUGUGUUGUGGCCCCAGUCGCAUGGUAGAUCCGCUGGGGCUGCACGUUCAGGGACCCAUCGGGUGGCCCAUGCUGUUAGCGUCACCUGCCUCUCUGCUUUUUCUAACUGGAUGGCUGGAGGGGGACAUUUUGCAUGUAUGUGUGUGUCUCUGUAUGUGUAUCUGUAUGCCUGCGUAUCUGUAUGUCUGCAUACCUGUAUGUCAGUGCGUGCCCUGGGUAUGUGUGUCACUGUAUCUGUAGGAGUGUCAUUCGGUGUAUUUGAAUGUUUGUCCUUAAGUUUCUGUGUAUCUGUAUUCUGUGCGUGUGUGUUAGUUUGGGUGUCUGCAUUUGGGUAUGUGUGUCUGUGUAUCAGCAUGUGUGUCCGUGUAUGCAUCUGCAUGUAUGUCAGUGUGUGUUUGUAUGAAUGAGAUGGUGGGGGGGGCAGGGCAAUUUUCGCACCGGAGGCCUGUGGUUUCUAGUUACGCCUCUGAAUACAGCUGUACAUUUUCACUACUUAUUUUUACGAAUUGUGUUUUCAUGCAUGCAAUGAGAAGGUUUUGUAAUGUUUAGACUUUGCCUAUCAUGCAAUAAGCAUUCUAUGAUUUAGAGGAGGGGAGGGGAGGGGUGGGGGAGCUUUGUACAGGCAGAGCAAACUUGCUAGCAUUGCACAAUACAAGACAGUUGCACAUCAAUUUUUAAAAAACGAGCAUUUCCUAGGUCUUCCAAUUUUCAGCAUUUGUAAAUAUACUUUCCAUUUCUUGGAGAUCUGAAUUCUCUAGUAAGAAUCUAGAAAUAUGAUUGGAGGUUGAUUUCUAGAACAAAAAUUGGCUUGACGUUGCUUUUUAAGAGUUUUUAAAAAAAAUAAAUUAUUACGAAUCAGCCCAAAUAUGGAUCCAUAGGGAGUUGAGCAUAAACCGUAAUUUUGGGCCGCAACUUCUAAAAGGUGGAGCAACCAGCCAAUAAUUCAUUUGUUUUCAAGGUUGCUCUAUACUUAGAAUCUGCUCAGAUGAACUUCAUACCUAAACAAUCACUCUGUGUCACAAGUUGAACUUGAACCUUCUCCAUUCUAGGUCUGUUCCCGAAGAUGUCAUCAGCAGCACAAAGGAGGAGUGGUGAGUGUUAUUAUAUUUUUAUAAACAUUAUCUUAAUAAACAAACCUCCCAGAAGAGGUAGGUGCCCAAACAAAUAAUGGAAAGCAGGAACUUUGAGAUGUUUUUCAUAUCAUUUCAUGAGAAGUUGUGAGGAGGAAUAUAUUUAAAUUGUAGAAUAUGAUAAUAUAUUAUAAUGUCCAUGAACGGCAAUAUUCAGGUUACUUGAUGAUUAUUCUUUUAAAUGAGUAAUGAUUAAACAGGCGUGAAGCCGCUAAAUAGCUAUAUGAUGCAAAUGAUUACAUCAGUACAUCAGCUUCUCUUGUUUUCAUUAUAAAAGUAAUUCCAUAUGUGAUGAUGGGCACACAGAUCAUCAUGUGUUUCAAGAUAGAUUUUGUAUAUUCUUUCAUAUUGCAACUUUCUUCCCUCCUCAUAUAAACAGACCCUGACAUUGACCCCUCUUGGUAUACCGGCCGUGGGAUCCGCCCUGUGGGUCGUUUUGGGAGGAGAGGUACUGCCUGGGAAGAAGCACAGCAAUCCAUGUACAGAUCCCAGGGUCAGACAUGUGUACCUAUACAGGAAAGCACUGAAUUCAUAGUAGACAACUGAGAUCCUCACUGUUUGUCAUCUCAUUCCGGAAAGGACUUCCUAGUCCCUUUAACUUCCUGUUUGUCUCAAACAAUGCUGCAGAUCGCUGUUAUAAUAACAAGACAUCAUGGGUUAUUGUUACGCUUGUGCCUAUGUACUGCUAAUGAUGGCAUACGUAGGUGCAGACAUAACCAUUGCUUCCGAUAUUCGUAAAAGAUUAAAUACAAGAAAUCCCCACAGUAUUUUAAGGUUCACAGUCAGAAAUAUUUCAUAAAUUGUGCUGGAAUUGAGUGUUUAUGCAUUGAUCACAGCACAUACUAUAGUUACAUAGCUGAAAAGAGACUUGCGUCCAUCAAGUUCAGCCUUCCUCACCUAUGUUUUUGCUGUUGAUCCAAAAUAUUUGCGUAUACUAAAUUUGAAGUUCAUGCCUCAGCUGUCCUCCUUUUCUGGAGUUUAAUAACCAGUGUGCAGGUUACCUCUCACACAAAUGUGACCCUCAUAUGGAUAGGGUCCUUUAACAAGUAUGCACAAUAAUCACCUUCUGCUGCAUGAAUGGAUAUUCUGUUCAGGAAUGUAAUACUACGAUCAAGAAUAUUUAGGAAUCUGCAUUCUAUGUAUUCCACACUGCUUAGAAAUAGAAAGAAAAGAAAAAAAAGUACAUAAAAAAAAAAAAAAAAGUGUCCUUCAAAGUUUUAACAAUUCAAUUUAUGAGCAAAUUAGCAUAUCAUAUAUAUGGGGAAAAAUACCCUUCUUUGCAUCAUUAACAUUAUGACAUUCUAGCUCAACAAUUACGCAAGCCAUCAAUUUACAGAGUUCAAAUUGCAAUUAAAGAUGGAGAGCUACUCCACUUGCAAGAUAUGUCCGAGGGAUAAUUCACAAGGCAUGGAUGUGGCCAACUUUAUCUUUUAUGCAUGCUCGAUCUUAAAUUUUGUAUUAAAUGUCUAUUCACUCUUGAUCAUCAUCCUCUAAUUUGUAAAAGAAUUUAAAGUACUUUGUUUUCUCAUGUCACAAUGGAAUAUUUUAUA